AUGAAGUUUUCUAUCGCCUUCAUCUCAGCCACCCUCGCUGGUACAGCAUUGGCUCGUCCUUCGACCCUCGCUCAGCGUGUUCAGUCUCGUGCUGAUGGCUCUCGCCACCGCAGCCAGCCCCUGGUCAAGGUGGGCAGCGGCUCCAAGGAGAAUGCCAAGUUCAUUGCAGGAUCAGACAAUACCACUGCUCACGUCGAAUACUCCUCCAACUGGUCGGGUGCCGUUAUCGAGCAGCCCUCAUCUGGCUACUUCACGUCUGCCACAGGUCGAUUCACUGUUCCCACCCCCAAGUACGUUGGAUCUGGCAGCGGCACUGAGUCUUCUUCUGCUUGGGUUGGUAUCGAUGGCGAUACCUGCGCUAGCGGCCUUCUCCAGGCCGGCGUUGACUUCACCGUCUCUUCCUCCGGAGCCGUCUCUUAUGAUGCCUGGUAUGAGUGGUACCCGAACUAUGCCUUCGACUUUAGCAACUUCCCCGUCGCCGCUGGCAACGUCAUCCAGGUCGACAUUGUUGCCACUUCGACCACCAAGGGCACUGUCAGCCUUACUAACGUGAGCACUGGCAAGAAAGUCAGUCAGACUUUGACUGCUCCAAGCGGCUCUGUUCUGUGCCGUGAGAAUGCUGAGUGGAUCGUAGAGGACUUCGAGGAGAAUGGCAGCCUCGUUGCUCUCAGCAACUUCGGCACUGUUGUCUUUACUCAAGCUAGCGCUGCGCUCAGCACGGGUGGAACCGACGAUCUUAGCGAUGCCACUAUUAUCGACCUCAAGCAAGGAAGCACUGUUUACACUGAUGUUACUAUCGAUAGUAGCUCUCAGGUCAGCGUUGAGUACAUCUAA